AUGAAAGUCACAAUUACAUUGUUAGUGAUCUUGGCCAUAGCUAAUGCUAGUAUGGUUCAAAAGUUCCCACUCAAAUAUGGUGGCAAAAGAAGCUUAAUGAAUAUCAUGGUUGAAGUUGAAAACAAGAUCAAAUCUCAUUCACCCCUAGAUACAAUCAAAGGAGUUCUUGAUAAUUUCAAAUCAGCUGUCACUGAAGAAUAAGGAACCCAUGAUGCAGUAUAUGCUGCUCAAUAAGCAGAAUGCUAAAGUGAAAUUGCCUACAGAAGAGCAGAAGUUGAUGAUGCUAAAGGAACACUAAAAAUUGCAAAUGAAAUCCUCAAGACUUCUAACAUUUUGUUGAAGAAAACUGAAGCUACACUUGGAGAAACUGAAAAUAUCCUUAAUUCUGUGUCUCUACAUAUUGAUCUUAUUAAUGAUGUGAGAAAAGAAGAUACAUAAUCUUACAAUAGAGGAGCUGUUAUAUUUAAUGAUGCUAUAAAUGCUAUAGAUGAUGCAAUUGACCUUGGAACUACUUUGGUUAAAGGAGAGGCCAGCCUAAUUCAAGUAGCUGAGAUAACAACCAAAUUGAUGUUGGCUUCUAUUUCCACAAAAAUGAACAAAGCUUUCAAGAUUCCAUUGGCUGCUUUAGCUUCUAUCAAAAACGAGGAGAAUGAUGCUGGUGCUGCAGAAAGACUUGUUCAAUUAUUAUAAUCUUUAAGAGGUAAUGUUGAAGAUGCUUGGACCUCCUAUACAGCUGAAAAUACGAAUGCAAUAGCUCUAUUCAUCUAAUAAAAAGAUUUAUACUUAGCUACUUAAGAAAGACUUGAAUCUUCAAAAUAAUAAUUGGUUAGUAAAUCUGAAAAUAUUCAUGGAGUAAUCACAGUAUAAACAGCUGUUGUGUAAGCUGCUACUGGUAAGAAAUAAAGAAACCAAAUCUUAUGGGACGAUGCAGAAGAUUUAUGUCAUAGUUUUGAUGUAGAAUAUGAAGCUGUUACAGAAGGAAGAAGAUAAGAAUUAAUUUUAGUAUAAGAAUUAGAAAGAGCUGUCGAGAGAAGAGCUGCAGAAUAAUAAUGA